AUGACACAGACGGUGCCUCCGGCGCUGAGCCAGGGCUAUGGCUACGGCAUCGUCCUCGGCGUUGGCUUUGCCUUUGCCAUCUUCAUGAUCACCCUCACGCACAUCCUCAAGCGCUACAACAACGAGGUCGUCACCUCGGAGAUGUUCACCACGGCCGGCCGCACCGUCAAGUCCGGACUCGUCGCCUCGGCCGUCGUCUCCUCGUGGACCUGGGCCGCGACGCUGCUGCAGAGCUCCGGCGUGUGCUACCGCUACGGCGUAUCCGGCCCUUUCUGGUACGCCUCGGGCGCGACCGUGCAGAUCCUGCUCUUCGCCACGCUCGCCAUCACCCUCAAGCGGCGCGCCCCCAACGCCCACACCUUCCUCGAGGCCGUCAAGGCGCGCUACGGCACCGUCACCCACUUCGUCUUCAUCCUCUACGGCGUCGCCACCAACGUCCUCGUCUCGCUGAUGCUCAUCGCCGGCGGCGCCGCCACCAUCAACGCCCUGACGGGAGUCAACGCCGUCGCCGCCAUCUUCCUCAUGCCCGUGCCCGUCGUCGCCUACACCUUUGUCGGCGGCCUCAAGGCCACCUUUAUCACCGACUACAUCCACGGGCUCGUGGUGCUCAUCAUCAUCAUCGUCUUCGCGCUGACCACGUACGCGACGUCGGACGUGCUCGGCAGCCCGGGAGCGGUGUACGACCUGCUGGUGGCCGCGGCGGAGCGCCACCCGGUGCCCGGCAACGAGGGCGGCAGCUACCUGACGAUGCGGUCGUCGGGCGGCGUCACCUUCUUCGUCAUCAACAUCGUCGGCAACUUCGGCACCGUCUUCCUCGACAACGGCUACUUCAACAAGGCCAUCGCCGCGCACCCGGCGCACGCGCUGCCCGGCUACGUCAUGGGCGGCCUCGCCUGGCUGCCCAUCCCGCUCGUCACCGCCACCACGCUCGGCCUCGCCGCGCUCGCGCUCGAGUCCAGCCCGCGCUUCCCGACCUACCCCGAGCGCAUGACCGAGGCGGACGUGUCCGCCGGUCUCGCGCUGCCGUACGCCGCGGUCGCGCUGCUCGGCAAGGGCGGCGCCGCGGCCACGCUGGUCAUGAUCUUCCUGGCCGUCACCUCGAGCUUCAACUCGGAGCUGGUGGCCACCUCAUCCAUCUUCACCUACGACGUGUACCGCACCUACUUCCGGCCCAACGCCGGCGGCCGCAGCCUGAUCUGGAUCUCGCACGUGUGCAUGGUGGUCUACGCGGCCAUCAUCUGUUGCAUCUCCGUCGGGCUGUGGUUCAACGGCAUCUCGAUGGGCUACCUGUACCUGCUGAUGGGCGUGCUCAUCAGCGCGGCGGUCAUCCCGGCGACGCUGACGCUGCUGUGGGACGGGCAGAACCGGUGGGCGGCGACGCUGUCGCCCGUGUUCGGCACGGCGUGCGCGAUCGCGGCGUGGCUGGUGACGGCGAGCAAGUCGUGCGGCGCGCUGUCGAUCGAGUGCACGGGGUCCAACACGCCGAUGCUGGCGGGCAACGUGACGGCGCUGUUCGCGCCGCUGGUCAUGAUCACGGCGGCGACGGUGGUGGGCGGCUUCGAAAAGUACAACUGGAAGUCGAUGGGCCUGAUCCGGCAGGCGGACGACCGCGAGCUGAUCGCGGCGUCCGGGCUGGACGAGGAGGCGCAGCGGGAGGCGGAGCGCCGGGCCCGGGCCAGCCAGGAGGAGGAGGAGGAGAAGCUGUCGCGUGCGUUUAAGAUCUCGCUCACCGUCACCACCAUAUUGGCGGUCUCGCUGCUUGUCCUCUGGCCGAUGCCCAUGUACGGCUCGCGGUACAUCUUCUCCAAGUCCUUCUUCACCGGCUGGGUGUCGGUCGGCAUCGCGUGGAUCUUCCUCUCGCUGCUCGCCGUCGGCGUGUACCCGGCCUGGGAGAGCCGCGAGACGCUGAUCAGGGUGACGACGAUGAUGCUCCGGGGCGGUCGUCUGCCGAAGCGACAGGUCAUUGAUGGUGAAGCAGUCAAGGCGGAGGAGAGCAGUGGAUCUGCGACGCCGGUUGGGCAAGGGCCGACGAAAGGUAGCACUGCUUAG